UGUGAAGGCCGCAGCAAACCCGCUCCACUGCUGGCACAACCCUGGAAGCCCAUGUCGGAGUAAGCGCUGGCCCUGCAUUCGGCUGAGCCCAUUCCCAAUGCCAAUGCCAACGACCUCAUUGACCUCGUCACUGGUCCGAAAAGUCGCUCCUGCUGUGGGACAAGGUGUACCACAAGGCUGCCAGCCCACGCGAGCUGACGUGGGUGCUGCGUGCAGCCGAGAUGCUGUUCAACAAUGGCUGCAGCGACCCGCGUCUGGCUGGUCUGAUUACCUGGUCUCUGUGCCGCUUCCCAGAGCCCACGCUGGCGACUACUCGGGGAGCCCUGCAGGUUGUCCAGGCAAUGAGCACCAGCGAUGCUGCCAGGCUGUGGGAGCUGGUAGAGCCAAGCUUUGUGGCUGAAAUGGCCAAGUCGCUGGAGCUGGAGCGCAUCAGGUACAAAUGGACGGGGAUUCUGGCGGCAGUCGCAUCAGGAAUCAACGCCGAGGAAGUCUCGCAGGAGAAGAAGAGCGACGUGCUGGUAUCCAUGGCCUUGGCGGCGCACCACCCGGCAGUUCUGAAGGAGUCGGGCCGCUCGAGCUUCUGGAUUGAGACCAUCCUGCGCGCGCGCGCGGACCCAGGUGAGCUGUGCCACGGGUUCCUGGCGGCACUGCGGCAGGCGAUCGAGCUGGCCAUGCAGGGCUCGUCUGAGGGCGGCCAGGCACAAUUUGACUCGGCAGUCAACCUGAUCAAGGAUCUGGUGUUCAUCGGCAGCGACAGCGUUGCGCUGCGGCUGCUCGAGUUUGCCCGCGAGAGCAUCAAUCCUGACAGCCUGAGCCUGGUUUCGCAGCACGACAUUGCAGUGUGGCGGACUCCCAAGGACCAGCUGCUGGAGGACCCAGUUGUCGAGAAGGAGCGUGCCAAGCAGGGAGGCAAGAACAAGAAGGACGACUGGGAGGCUCAGCUGCGGGAGGAGCUGGCGCGCAAGCACAACAAGGUGCGCAAGCUGACCAGCGAAGAGCAGGAGAUGGUUGACAAGCAGUGGGCCAAGGAGAAUGCAGCGCGUGCCAAGGUUGAGGCGGCCUACCAUGGACUGACCUGCGGUCUGGCGACCGUCAGGGCUGUGGUCCGCGGCAGCUUGAGUGUGGCCAGCACGUGCAUGCUGGAGCUGGUGCGUAUUGUUGUCGAGCGGGCUGUCAUUGGCGGUGGUUCCGUCAGCGAGGCUCUGGCAGGCGAGGCGAUCCGCGACACGCUGCUGGACAUGAGCAAGGCUGCCGACGGGCUUGAGGAGGCGCUGCGCACGCCAAUUGCCAUGGGUCUGCUGCGGCGCGCGCGGCUUUGCCAGCGUGAUCCCCCAGGGCUGGCUGUACGAGUCCAUGGAGGACCUGGCCACGCGUCUGUACUACAGCCUGCGCGUCAGCUGCGAGCACCAGCCACUGCCUUCGGCCGGGUUCAACUUUUUGUUCCCGUUCAUGCAGGCGACCUCUGAGCAAGGCGGCUGGGGCCGCAAGAUCAAGCGUGGGGUUGAGGAGCACGACGAGUAUGCGCAGAUGGACCACGCAGCCGAGCAGCUGACGAUGGUAGUGGCCAUUCUGGGCUUCCACGCGCACUUUGGCAAUGUCUCCGAGAUGCCGCGCAAGGAGAU